UACACCCAUGUAAAUUGUUAUUGGACUAACGUCCGUUUAAAAUAAAAUAAAAAUAAAAAUGGAGUGAGAUGAAUUUAAAUGUUUCAGAAGUUUUAAAGCUCUUAAAAAAAAACAUCAAAUAAUUCGAAAAAAGGAAUGAUAUUAGAAGCCGACGUUUCAUACUCUGAACACUUACAUCAUAAUCAUAACGAUUUACCGUAUCUGCCUUCUAAAGAAGUCCCCGAAGGUUCUAAGUUUCCAAAGCUUUUGGCUACCUUAAAACAUAAAAAAAAUUACAUAGUACACUACAAUUCGUUGAAACAGGCAUUACAGGCAGGACUGGUGUUGGAAAAAGUGCAUAGAAUGAUAGCGUUUAGUCAAUCUUCAUGGCUGGCAAGCUAUAUAUCAUUAAAUACACGGAUGCGUUCGGUAGCUAAAAAUACGUUUGAAAAAGACUUUUAUAAGCCUAUGAACAACUCAGUAUUUGGCAAAACGAUGGAGAAUGUACGCUUAAGAAUGAAAAUGGAGCUCACUAGUAGUGAGUCAAGAUAUAGAAAGCUUGUAAAUUUACCCUCACAUAAAGGUACAACUGUAUAUGGUGAUAACUUGUGUGCUAUUCAUUUACAUAAAGAAGAUUUAAUUUUNGCUAUUCAUUUGCAUAAAGAAGAUUUAAUUUUCGAUAAGCCCAUGUACAUAGGAUUUGCCGUGUUGGACAUAUCAAAAACUCUUAUGUAUGAUUUUCACUAUGAUACCUCAAACUAUCCAGUUAACCAUCCAUGUUAUCGUACUGAACGGUGUAAGAUUCCUGGUAUUUUCACUGACGAGACUGGAGGGGAGUUUAUUUCAGCACACUUAGCUCUAAGAUCCAAGGCUUACGGUUUUAUUCAAAAUGCUAAAGAGUGUAUCAAGGCAAAAGGAGUGGCGUAUCAUGCCGUCAAAAAUCACAAUAGAUUUGAGAAUUAUAAGCAGUGUCUAUUUCAAGGAAUAGAAGAUAUUCCUAGAGAUUACAUUCCGUACAGACAAAUGAACUCAUUUAGGUCUUACAGGCAUGAAAUCAAAUCUAUUACUAUGUAG